UAUCGUUGUUGUGAAUUUAGAUUCAAACAUUGUUUUUUAAUUUUUAUUCCUUGAUCAGCUCACGCAUUGGGUCUGUGAAGCGUGACGGUCGGGGAGUGUCGAAGCGAACUCCAACUUCGUCUCGUGCGCUGUUCCAGGGAUGGGACGUUACGCAAGGGAGCCUGCCAAUCAGGCCAAGAGCUGCAAGUCUCGCUUUGACAACCUUAGGGCACACUUUAAGAACACCUAUGAAACAGCCAAGGUGCUGAAAAAGAUGCCCCUGAGGCGGGCAACCCGCUACCUGAAGAAUGUGAUCGGCCACAAGGAGUGUGUGCCUUUCACCAAGUUCAGCGGCGGAGUUGGACGUUGUGCCCAGGCCAAGGCGUUCGGCACCACGCAGGGCCGCUGGCCCAAGAAGUCGUGCGAACACCUGCUGCAGCUGCUGCGCAACGCCGAGGCCAACGCCGACUUCAAGGGGCUGGACGUGGACCAUCUGGUGGUGGAGCACAUCCAGGUCAACCGCGCGGCCAAGAUGCGCCGGCGCACGUACCGCGCUCACGGACGCAUCAACCCCUACAUGGCUAGCCCAUGCCACGUCGAGGUGAUCCUGACCGAGAAGCAGGACGUCGUGUCGCGCGUCACUGACGACGAGCCCACUAAGAAGAAAGUCUCCAAGAAGAAGCUGGCCAGGCAAAAGCGCGAGAUGCGCGAUUAACUGUCUCACGAGAAUACAGAGUGCUGAACAUCGCGCGCUGAGUGUUUUAA